AUGUCAAUAGAAUUCCGAUCAGACGAUGGAACCGUUACUGACGACCAUGUGCUCGCAGUAUGGUCGCGGACGUUUAUUGAAGCUGGUGAAAGGAUUGGCAAGACCUUCCGUAUCGCUGAUUUAGCCAAAAAAUAUAUGGAUGAUGCUGGCUUCGAAAAUGUUGUGGAGACGAGGUUCAAACUCCCCGUAGGAGGCUGGGGGAAAGACAAACAGAUCAAGCGGCUCGGCCAGUGGAAUCUUCUCCAUUGCGAAGAGGGCAUUGAAGGCUGGGCCAUGGCCUUACUUACCAGAGUCAUGCAGGUAUGUCGUUGUCCAGAUUUCUUCUUUUCCCCAUCUGCCGCCCCAGGUGUCCAAAAUUUUGACUUUCGCCAUCUCCUCCAGUGGACUUAUGAGGAGGUCCAAAUAUUUUUAGCUAAAAUGCGGGCCGGGCUUCGCGACCCGAAGACCCAUGCAUACUUCUAUGUGUAA